GCUGGGGCCUCUGGGAGGCCUUGGCUCCUACAAUUGACUCAGGCUCGGGCCCCUCCCUUUCGCUGGUUGGGGCCGCAGAGCUCGGCCUCGGGGCCACGGUGGUCGUGGCCGCCACGGCGGUGCUCCUCCGGAGGUUCGCGACACAUGUCCGCUACCACUACCAGCUCCUCUCAGGCGACAGUAGCGACGAAGAGGCAGACUUGCUGCUCGACUCUGAAGCUCGUUAG